GUUAACUGAAGAUUAAAAACACUGGAGGUGCUGCCCCAUGGUGGUGGCGCCUCCCGUCUCUUCCUCCGCCACUUACUUUGCCCCCAUCCAAUCCAAAGCUUAUAUCUUUACCAGUUACAAAUCAAUGGAGCUAUUUGUCAUGACGAACUCAGAUAAGUUUUUCAUUGCUUCUGUUUUUUUUUCCUUAGCUUGUUCACUUUAAUCAGGGCUUGCAUUUGAUAGUGUUGUACUGUGUUAAUGUUUGUGAGUGUGUUGUGUUCUGGUUUGUAGUUACAGACUAGUUUUGAUAAUGCUUGAUUAAGUUUCUUGGAUGGUCAAGCUUGAGUCUUUAAUAAAAGAUAACAGCAACACAAUGAUCCCUGAUUCUUUUUUUUAAAUGGGAAUUGGAGGGGGAUAGAGUUGACCAUCACGUUCCCUAAUUCAAAGCUGAAGGAAUGGAAUAUGAUUCUGUGAGAGUAAGACAGCUCACUUGUUGACCUCAUUAUUUUGGAGUUUUCUUCAAUAAUUGAUUGUUAGAAUGAGUAAACUUUCUGAAUUAAACUACUUGAUGCAAGUCUAGUUUUAGUUGAUUAAUUUUAGUUUAGUUUGGAACUACUCCCCAAAACCAUGUGAAAGGAGACCCAGUUUCCACCUAGCUAGCUCUUACUGCUAAGCUUGGUUCACAAAAUUGGAGGGUAGUGUUGAUUCUGUUGAAGGAAGCAGAAGCGAUGGCGGCAGCUGAUGUUGCUCAAUUUCUGUGGAAAAAGUUCUUGCGGUCUCUAGUGGACCCAGAGUCUGAAUUAUCAGGUUCUAUGAGUCUCUUUUCUUACUUUGAAGCAAUCAAACAUAUCUUAGUAAACACGCAGAUAAUUCCAUUUUCUUUAGAAAUGUUGAUGCCAUGGAAUGCAUCAUGGGAAGUGAAUACUUAUGUUCGGGCAAAUACUUAUCUCUUGGAGCUCAACUAUGCACUGGCAGAGUGCCAAAUCUUUGCAAAGGAGUGCAGGGAGCUUAAAAAGAAGAUUUUACCGUUGAAUCCUUCCGCUGUUUUUUUCAUCCUACAGAUGAAGAAGAGGCUGACGGCACUGAGAAGGAAGUUUGAGACUUUGGUGCUUGAGAGCCCAUCAAUACCUACUUCUAUCUUGAGGGAGCGAAAAGGGAGAAACUCUGUGGAAUGUUUGGGAUUUACUGAGAAGGAUAUAGUGGUGUUAAAGAAGAAUUCAGAAGAAACUGUGGUGUUUUCUGUUGCAAUGAAUUCAGAAGACUUUACAACUAUGGUUGAGCUCUUGGGCUUGCUUGGUGGCUCUGCAGCUGGAAUUGGAUUUACUUCCAUUGGGAUUGUCGGCAUGGCUCGUGUGGUUAAGUCCAUUUUAGUACAAAGACUUGUGGAAGAGACAGCUGUGCUCUCUGAGUUUUCUCCUAUCAUUCAGUUAUGCUUGUCUGAUAUAAUACAAGAACAUAAUGUUGUAGACAACACUAAUAGUGCCAGUGGGGCCAGCAUUAGCAUCAGUAUUGUGAAACUUAUACUUGUAAAGUUGGGGGAGGAGGAGACUGCCGGUAUUUCUGGCCUUGAACUUAAUUCGCUCUUGGAAAGGCUCAACCACCUUUUAUCAGGUAAAAAGUAUUUAAUUGUGUUGGAUGAUGUGUGGCAUAAUAUGGAGUUCUAUAGGGACCUUGGCUAUCAGCUUCGUGAUGGUGAGAAAUUUGGGGAUCGGUUAUCUGAUGGGUUGCCUAAGGAUGGUGGUGGUGCAGUCAUUGUGGUUAGUAGGAUACCAGAAGUGGCUCUAGAUAUGGUGGGGAUAUGCAAAGUACUCUGCAUAAGCGGCUGACCAUGCUCAAAAGGAAGUCUGCAGUCUCCAGUCUGGUGCAUGAACGGCAAAAACACCAAACACCUAUAUCUAACACACCCAGCCCAUCAAUCUCUACACCAAAAGAGAAGACCAGUGUGGCAGAAGAAUGUUUGCCAUUUGCUGAGAAGGUAAAGAACAUUUCAAGUGAAAACGUGCCACUUCUUAAUGUAGGGAUAUAUAGUGAAUUUAAGGACUCCCGCAUGCUUGUUGGUGAUCCAACUGGAACUGGAUUUACAGCAAUUGGGAUAGUUGGCAUGGCUGGCGUCGGUAAGUCCACUUUUGUGCACAAUGUCUUGAAAACCGUGUGGUCUGAAUAUGAUCCCAUAGUUUGGUUAUGCUUUUCGGAUAUAAUCAAAGGUAGAAAACAGGGACCAAAUGUCACUGCCAGUCAUGAGGUGAUCAGCAUUAGCAUUGUGGCAUGUAUCCUCGAAAUGUUGGAGAUUUCCAUAGCGAGGCAAGACCUUGGCAUUGCCGAGCUCUUGGAAAGGCUAAAUCAUAGUUUAUCGGGUAAACGGUAUUUGAUUGUGUUGGAUGAUGUGUGGGACGUUAUGGAGUUCUGUUCAGAUUUAUCUUAUAAGUUACCCGAAGGUGAGAAAAUUGGGGAUCAGUUAUCUCACGGAUUGCCCAAGGACUGUGGUGGUACGGUCAUUGUCACUAGUAGGAUAACUGAAGUGGCUCAACAUAUGGUUGGCUUGGGCCAAAAUAACUUGUUUCUUGUUACGCCUUGGGAUAGAGGACAGUGCUUGUUAUACUUCGACAGCUUUAUCUUCCAUGAAAGAUUACGGUGUGGUAAAGAAAAACGUUUUGGCAUGUCAAAUACAGAAACUGUGAGAAAGGUCCAUAAUGAAAUCCUGGAUCAAGUUUGUGGUCUGCCAUUAAUGAUCAAAACUCUCGCAUACUUAAUCUUUGAAAACCAGAUCAGUCAGAAUGAUUAUAAUAGGUCUGCCCUGAAGAAGAUGUUGAUACCUCGUGAAUUUCUUAUUGAUUGUUCAUGGGAGUAUGUUCCGAUCAACGAAAGAAAUUUCGACUGGGCUCAUGAUAAAAUGUACAUGCCAAAAUGCCCAGUUUUUGUGUUUAUUGAUUUCCAAAGCGACCUUAUAGGAGCUCUAGCUGAAGACUUUCGCUACCAGCUUAAUCGUGUGCAGGUUCUUUCUGUGUUACAUGAGAGUUUCAUUACGCGAAGAUGUUCGCCAAUGAAACCAGAAAGGGCGUUAGAGGAGUUUUAUGGUUCUCUAGCAAAGCUUAAGGGUCAAGGACAUGAUUUUGCUGAUGAAAUUCGAAAGAAGAUGACAUUUAUAGAGUUUUAUGCGAUCUAAAAUUGCCAGACUCACCCUCCAUUGUUCCCAUUGCACUCGGAAUCAAAAGUAACAUUCCAUUUUCGU